GCCCGUAACCCCCCAAUCCCCCAAUCCCCCUCCAUGCUGUUUACAAUCCUGUCAUGACUAAUGGCUCGUAGUUACCAGGACGCCGUUUCACCCGCACUGAAGCGCUCCCCCAAGCCGCGGCUGACGCCCGUCCUCCGGGCGGGCCUCAUCGCCAUCCUCCGGCCGCCUCGCGCUCCGACAUCAUGCCCGUCUGUCGACGUAAUAGAGUUCGUCCACCAGCAUCAGUCGCUGACGACGACAGGAUGCCAUCGCGGUCGGUGUGACAACAUAGAGUGAAACGGGGCCUGGUUUCACUCUAUGCGGAAGACAGAAGGAGGUCACCAUGUGCCGAUAUCUGUCCAAAUAUGCCCUCGUCUUCCUCUUCCUAGCUCUGUCUGGCCUCAUUUUCCUGCUACACAGCAUCCACACUGUGGAGAACUGGAACUGCCACACCAUUUCAGCCCUCUACCAGCUCCAGAGCAGGAUCCAGUCCUUCAUCGCCGUGAACCUCCCCACCUUCCAUCACAACAGCACCUUCUGUGCCCAUCUGGGCCAGAAACCUUUUCCCGAAGAUGAACUGGAAGAGCGCUACCUGUUGGACUCCAUCGCCUGGCCCGUGCCUCCGCCUGGCUCGAAACCAACCGUCCUGCGCAAGGACGAGUGACCCGGUGCACAGGCCUGUUCGCCGUCCUCCCAUUAAGGACGACGGGAGUGGCAUUUGGGCGACGAGCUGGAGGCCCUCGUCCAGAUGCAUGACUUCCAGGGUCGUCCCAAGCACUACGGUGGGGAUUUCAUUUUGGCCAGACUGCACUCCCCGGAGCUUGGAGCGGGCGUAGCGGGUAAAGUGCUGGACCACAGGAAUGGCUUUUAUUCCGCCAUGUUCCCUCUCCUCUGGGAGGGGUCGGCGCAGGUCGAGAUCACGCUGGUGCACUCCAGCGAGGCCGUCGCGGUUCUGCGACGCUUGAGGGAGGAACGACCAGAUCGAGUGUUUUUCAAGAGUCUUUUCCGCCUGGGCUUCCUGUCUGAAACGACCGUGUGCAACAUGUGCCUGCCCUCGGACCAACAGCCUCUGUGCAACUACACGGCUUACACAGGGGAGCCCUGGUACUGCUACAAGCCCAAGAUGCUCAGCUGUGACACCCGAAUCAACCACGCCAAAGGAGGCUAUCUGAAGCACCUCAUCACCAACAAAGAAGCAUUGCUCUUUCAGAGCGGUGUGAACAUUAAAGUUCACAUUCACGCUUCAGGACCCGAAAUCAAUGUGCUGCCUCCCAGGAAAGAGGUAGAGGUAGAAAACAGCAGUGUAAACCCAGAACCUAGUAAGCUAGUGCCGUCUGGAUAUUUCUACGAGGACUCGUGGAGGCCGUUAAGUGGCGUCACAAUGCGCCAGUUCAAUGAAUCCUCUGCCGUCACUUAUUGUUUGAAGAACCAGGUGAUCAACAUGUACGGAGACUCCACCGCCAGGCAGUGGUUUGAGUACCUCAUUGCUUAGCUCCCAGAAUUAAAGGAGUUCAACCUGCACAGUCCUAAAAACGUUGGGCCUUUCAUGGCGGUGGACAGCACCCAUAAUAUCCUCUUGAAGUACCGCUGCCAUGGCCCGCCCAUCCGCUUCUCCACCGUCCUGUCCAGCGAGUUGCGGUACGUCUCCAACGAGCUGGACGGCCUCUCCGGGGGUCCCAACACCGUCGUGGUCCUCAGCAUCUGGGCCCAUUUCAGCACCUUUCCCGUGGAGGUGUACAUCCGGCGGCUCCGUCACAUCAGGCGGUCGCUGGUGAGACUUCUGGACCGAGCGCCAGGGACCAUCAUUGUGAUCCGCUCGGGCAACCUCCAGGCCCUGGACCAAGAGGUGAGCCUGUUCAACAGCGACUGGUACUCCCUGCAGCUCGACGAGGUGCUCAGGUCCAUGUUCAAGGGGCUCGACGUGCUGCUGGUGGACGCCUGGCAAAUGAGUUUGGCUCACCAGCUUCCUCACGCUCUCCAUCCACCAGAGGUCAUCGUCAAGAACAUGAUCGACAUGCUUCUGUCUUAUGUUUGCCCGGAGAAGGAGAACAGCUAGCUGAUAUAAGAAGAAGAGGGACAAUAGUGGAAAGGAAAAGUGAGGAGUUAACUGUGUGAACUCAUUGUCUAGAUAAAAGUGUCUUCACUGAGACCCGGCCUGACUUCUAGUACUGAUCUCCGUUUACUCGCCGGUUAUAUUUUCAUUUUGAAUCCCACGAAACACCAAAUCUAUUCUGAAAACGCCAAAGAAAACUUUGGCAGAGCGAUUGUUACGGCCCAUGCUUUCGUUACCAAAGUGUUUUUCUUAUACGCCGUCCAUAUUUAGAGUCUGUAUUCUUUUCAAAGGGUUGGAGUUGGAACUUUAUACAUGUGUGUUUGAGUUUGGCCCAAAGCUGAAGACUCGAAGACUUUCCUCAGGCUUGUUAUAAAUGUGUUCUCAUGCUCUGACUAUCUGUUCUACAUACAUGAACUACAUUGUUGUUAAAUAUUCUCUAUAUAUGUAACCAAAUGGUUUAUAGUUUUAAAUGUUAUUUACAGUACACAUUACUUUAACUCAUUAUUACAGGAUCGUAAAAAUGGCUGCAUUUAUAGCACUUUCAUCCAAAGUGUUAUUAAAAGACAACCUGCAACUCUUUGUCAACCAUAUUUAAACUUAUUGAGGAUCAUCUUUUUACCGUUUUAUAUCCUCAUGCUUGACUUUUUUCCUGGUGACUUCUCCAGCUGAAGCCGUUUUUCAGCCUUUUCAGCCUCGUCAACGCUCAAGCAGCUUCGGUAAAUGCAAAUCGCUUUCACGUGCUGUUGAUUCAAGGCUCGGCCUUUUGCAUACAUUUGCGACUCUUUUGAUGACAAAUAGCUAACUUUCUAUUUCAAAUGUUCAAUUAUUGUUCUGGAUGUUUUAUACGGACACAAUAACAAGAUCCAAGUGUCACAUGCUCAUCACGGGGAGACAGUAAGGCCGGGAGUCACCAGGUCUGAGAAUAAUGUGCCUAUUUCCUAUCUGACCCCGUUUGGCCCUGACGAUCAGAGGCAGACUCUUCGGAGACUUUGUCAUGAACUCAUAAGAGCAGAGUUGCUGUCAUGUUUUGCCAAUAUUUGUGAUUUUCUGUCCGUACGCGCCGUUCAUGAAGGAAUUUAGUGAUUUGAUUAUUCCCAACUAGCUAGUGAAAGGGUGUUUGAGAUGGACGACAUAUCGACUAUGUAUAAUAAUUCUAUCACUAUAUGGGGGUAUGAUAAUUGUGAGGAUUAAUGAAGAUCAUUAGAUGGUGAUGCAUAUCUUAUUAUCAUGUUGUUUCCUGAUAUUAAAGCCUGCCGCACAGUACAAUAAACAAACCUGUUA